AUGCAACCAGACAAAAUCGACCUUUUCCAAGGCUGGCCAGCGCCAGCCAUAAUACCAACUGAACGUCUAAAACAAGCCGCCAUCACCUCCCUCUCAAACGAGUCAAUAUCCUCCCAAGGAUGCGCUUACGGACCAGAUGAAGGAUAUCUCCCACUACGAGAGAGCAUCGCGACCUGGCUCACUGGAUGCUACACACCCACUCACUCAGUCACACUCGAACGAAUCUGCAUUUCAGGUGGCGCGAGUCAGAAUCUAGCGUGUGUGUUGCAGGUUUUUACAGAUCCGGCCCAGACACAGUGUAUAUGGCUUGUUGAGCCGACGUAUCAUCUUGUGUUUCGGGUGUUUGAGGAUGCGGGGUUUUCUGGGAGAUUAAGAGGGAUAUCCGAGGACGCAGAUGGGAUGGAUGUCGAUGCGCUUGAGAGGGCUUUGGAUGGAUUUGAUGGCACCAUUGCUGCUUGUGAUAAACCAACCAAACCCCACAGACCAUAUAGAAAGAUAUACAAACACAUCAUCUACCUCGUCCCGACAUUCUCCAAUCCAUCCGGUACGACCAUGUCAUUGCCCCGCCGCGAAUCCCUCAUCCGAGUAGCACGGAAAUACGACGCCCUUGUUAUAUGUGACGAUGUUUAUGAUUUCCUACACUGGAGUGGGCCACGUCUACCCCGUCUUGUCGAUAUAGAUCGGACGCUUGACUCUGGCCCAGCUGAUCGAUUUGGGAACGUCGUUAGUAACGGCUCGUUUAGUAAGUUGAUCGGUCCGGGAUGUCGUGUUGGAUGGGCGGAGGGGAUGGAGGAUUUUGUUUAUGGUCUUUCUCAGGCUGGAUCGACGGUUUCCGGUGGUGCCCCUUCGCAAUUGAUGUCGACUUUUGUUCAUGACCUUUUCCGUGAUGACUUUCUACCGGGGUAUAUUACCAACACGAUCAUACCGACGGGGAGUCGGCGGUAUGAGUUGAUGAAAGAUGUGAUUGAGAGAUACCUGGUCCCGCUUGGUGUUAUAUUCUAUCCUGAUUCAUAUAGCCCGUCGGCGGGUGGAUAUUAUAUCUGGCUUAGGCUUCCUGGUGCGCUGAAUGCCACCACGGUUUGUGAAGAGGCAUUGAAACAGCAGAAUCUUAUGCUAGGGAAUGGGAAUCUUUUUGCAGUACCUGGGGCUGCUACUAAGAGUGAUGUACACCAAAGGCUGAGAUUGUGUUUCAUGUGGGUGGAGGAAGAGAGAUUGGUCGAAGGUAUAAGAAGACUGGGGAUAUUGCUAAAAACACUGAGUUGCUGA